GAGAGGCCUGUUUGUGCAGCUGCAUUGUCAGCUGCUUCGGCCAGCACCCUCCCUUUCAUCCCUGAAUCGUGCCAAGAGUUCAGGUCAGCUCUGGGUGACCCUGGGAGCAGGGCGAGGGUCGGGGAGAUAGGGCCGUGGGGUGAUUGGUGGGGGCUGCUGGGCAGCGGGAGCACAGCCCACGCUGGUUCCGGCUCAAGGGCCCCUGACCCUCGGCACCCAGGAGCUCACACAGAGAGUGGGCGCUCUCCAAAGGCCAGAUGGUAGACGGCCCCGCCCCCCCAAGCAUCCUCUCUCCUUUCCUAUCGCCCUGGGUGUUCCCCUCCUCAGGGAGGCUGCAGGCUGGCCGGGAGGUCACAUGACCCCGGCUGUCUGGUCCAGAGGCCGCCUUUUUUUCCCUCUAAUCAAAUAAACAAAGACUCCAGUGUCUUGCGUGCCCCUCUCCCUCCUGCCUCCCUGUCCCCACGCCCCUGCCAUGAGGUCACAGGCAGACGCUGCCAGGAAGCAGGGUGGCCUCUGCUGGGCCUUGCUGCCCCGCUGGUUUCAGCCAGCUUGGCCCUUUCCUCUUUCCUGUCUCCUCUCUCCCCCUCCCGCUUCUUUCCUCUCUGCCAUUUUGUCCUCCCCCCUUUUCCAGCCAUGUGGGCCUUCUCUGUGUCCAGUCCCGUUAGCUUCUCCUAGUGGGGCCUGCUAGGAAGGGCUUGAGGAGGGACGUGUGCAGCCUUCAGGACACAGGGGUGGGGCAAGAGGAGCAACUUCUUGGUCUCCUGUUUGUCCCCAUUCGGACCACCUUGUGGGAUGCCUGGCUCAUUCAGCAGGAUUUCAGGGUUCCUUAGGGUGAUGCUGGGUCCCAUUUAACUUCGUAUUCCCUCUCCUAGGGGAGCCCCUGGGCCAACACCCUCCCCCCAGCCUGCCUAGGUGGGCUGUCAAUGGGAAAGGGUCACAGCUUGGGUUGAGUCCAGUGGUUGUGUUUUUGUCCCACUGAGGCCCUGAGUAGUAAAGAGACCUGUGCAGGUCUCAUUGCAGGUUGGUGCGACUAGAACGCUGUGAACUUGACUCUCAGGCCAGUGCUCUUUCUCUUGCUGCAUCUGUUGCUGAGUUCAAGUGUAUGCCUCUCAAGCUCUCUGGGAUGCUAAGUCCUGCACCAGGCAGGGACCCCACCAACUCAGGGCCUGUGAGCAGGAGAAGCGUAGCUGGGCUCAUGGGCUGCCCUGGGUCACCUUACUCGCAGCCCUCAUUCAGGGCUGGGUGGGCCCUUUCAGAGCCCAGAUGCAGCGCUGUCCCUUCCUGAGCCCCUACCGGCCCUGACGGCUGGGCUGAGGCAGUUGCCAAGGUGCCCUGGGGUUUUCGACUUAGCUGCCGAUCUGCUGCCAGGAUCAAAUUUACCCUGGUCAUGCAAAUGAGCAUUGGGCUGUGCCUGGCAUGGGGAGGUGGGUGGAACCAGGGCCCUGUGUGAGGAGAAGGCAGAGGCAGCCAGGAGGAAGUUAUAUAACAAGGAUGCUGAGGGGGCCAGGCGGGCUGCAUGUUACAUAACUGGGAGAGCAGCAGGAGGGAAAGCGCUAUCUUAACACCCGGGCAGGGAUGGGCAGCUGGCGACCCGCCUGACAAAGAACUAGGGCUUCCUAGUGUCAGAGUGCGCAGCGGCCCCAAAACAGGAACCUUGGGCCAGUUCAUUCAUUGAUUAGCUAUUCAUUCAGUAACCAUUUCUGAGUACCUACUAUGUGCCAGGCUGUGGCUUUAGUCAUGUUUAAUUCCCUCAGCAUUGCUUUGUGGUAGGCGGUGUCAUCCCUUUUUCCAGAUGAGGAAACUAGGACUGUUUUGUCCAGAAGGAGAUAAAUGGUGAUAAUUCCUAGUACUGAGCACCCGCUCUGUGCCCGCUUCCACGUUUAACACUUUGCUACAUCACUGAUCUUCAUAGCUCCCUGAGGCUCCGAGUCAGCCAGCUGUGAGUGCUGGUCUGUCCAGCUCAGAGGCCCUACUGCUGUGUCCACCAUAGGGGUGGCUCCUGGGUUUGUGUGACCUCACUCCUUCCACUGUUUCCUGUCUGACCAUGGGGCCUGACAGGAAGGGGCCUCUCUGAGCUGCCUUCUGAUGCUAAUGUAGGAGUUCAGAGCUCCUGCCUGAGGUGGGAAGGAACCCGUGGGGUGGCGUGGGAUGAGGUUGGGUGUGAGGUCAAGUCAUGGGGUUACUUUAGGCCACCUUGGCCAAGUCCCAUCCCAUCUGAUGAGCCUCUUUUUUCUUAUCUAUAUGAUGAGGGGGCUGGAAUUGACCCCCUAAUGCCCUUUCUCUCUUGCAGCCUGUGAUUCAAGGCCAGAAAGGAGACCCUGGGACUUUUUCACUUGUCCAGGACUGGUUGUGGGGCCCACUGGGCAGCUGCAGGCGGCCCUGGUUCCAGUGGGCCUUCACCAAUGGACACCCCUCAUGCCUGUCACCUCUGUCAUUGUACUCAGUCUGAUGGAAGUAGACUGAGACUACUCCUACUUUACAGAGAAAACUCAGAGGUCAGCGACAUCAAGUUCCAGGCAUCCAAUGGGGAGGAGAAGGAAUCCUGGAUCAAAGCCCUCAAUGAAGGGAUCAACCGAGGCAAGAACAAGGCUUUCGACGAGGUAAAGGUGGACAAGAGCUGUGCCCUGGAGCAUGUGACACGGGACCGCGUACGUGGGGGUCAGCGGCGCCGGCCCCCUACAAGAGUCCACCUGAAGGAGGUAGCCAGUGCAGCAUCCGAUGGGCUUUCGCGCCUGGACCUUGAUGUUCCUGACAGCGGGCUGCCAGUGUUUGCCCCCAGCAAUGAUGUCAGGGCAGCCCAGCCCCGGGAGACACCCCGGCCCCCCAUGCCUCCUACCAAGCCUUCUGCAGCACCUGAGACGACCAGUCUUGGUGACGGAGUGGAGACCCCUGUAGGGGAGAGAGCCUCAACCCCCGUCCCAGCAAGCUCUGAGGCCCACCCUGAAAGCCGAGAAGACUCAGAGACUCCAGUGGGGGAGGACAGGGGCUCUGAGCAGCCCCCCAGCAGGGUCCUGCCUGACAAACUGAAGGUGAGCUGGGAGAGCCCCAGCCCUGAGGAGCCCCCUGACCCUGAGAGUACAGAACCGCCCCAGGUGCCCGAUUCUGGGACUUCCAAGGCCGUGCCUAGGGAGGGUGGGAAGCCCGCUCCACCCCCGACACCCCCAGCCAAGAUCUUAUCGGAGAAACUGAGAGCCUCCAUGAGUGGCGUGCAGGCUUCUGGGCCAGCCCAGAGUCCGGGGGCCUCUGAGACCUCUGCCCAAGGCCCAGCACAGGUCUCGGUGAAUGGUGUGGAUGACAGCCCUGAGCCCAUCAAGCCAUCCCGGGAUGCAGGCACCCCAGGAACUUGCCCAAAGGAUGCAACAACGUCCACAGCACUGCCCCACUGGGACCCGCAGCCUCAGUUCCAUCCCCGCUGCUCCUCCCUGGGGGACCUGCUUGGGGAAGGCCCCCGACGUCCACGGAAGCCAGGGGAACAGCUGUAUCGGGCCCAGCUGGAGGUGAAAGUGGCCUCGGAACAGACGGAGAAACUGUUGAACAAGGUGCUGGGCAGUGAGCCGGCCGCUGGGAAUGCCGAGGCGCUGCUCAGCCAGGCUGUGGAGCAGCUGAGGCAGGCCACCCAGGUCCUGCAGGAGAUCAGAGAUCUGGGAGAGCUGAGCCAGGAAGCACCUGGGCUCCGGGAGAAGCGGAAGGAGCUGGUGACCCUCUACCGGAGAAGCGCACCCUAGGGCCUGCCAGCCCAGAGCAUGGUCCCUCCCGGCCGACUCAGUCCACUGGAGCCCAGCCCUGCCGAGAAAUGUGCUUCUUUCCAGGCUGUAGAAGGGCCAUCAGGCAUGUCAGGGUUUGGCCAGGACCUGCAGAGACUCCUGGGAUCCUUCUCGCCCUGCCCUGGCCAGAGGUGCCAAGUGCCACCCAGGGCUGCUCUCUGGCCGGGCCUCCAGCUCUGGGCUUGGGCUGGGAGCACGCAUGCGGUACCUCUGUGCUGGCGUGGUUGUUCCGAACAGCCCCAGGGCCCUGGCACAGCGCUCGGGUUUUUGAGGGCGGUGUCAUCUCUGCUUCGCGCCCUCAAUAGUUUACAUUCCUGACUUCUGAAUAGAGCACAGCUGAGCCCCCCUGCCGCCUCCAUGUCCAGAUGUUCCCAGGCAGAGGCAGCUUCAAGCCAUAAGCAACCCUCCCCACCCCCCCAUUCCUAGUAGCUGCAGGGGCCUUGGGUCUAGACUAGAGGUUUGUCCUUCAGCUGAGUGAGACCUGGAACCCAGCUAGGGCCUCUGAAAGCAGGUGGGAGGCAUCUGUGUGAGAAAGCCACUAGCUGUGGGCCCCCUCCCUGGGCCUGUUUCCUAUUCUGCAGGCCUUCCCCUCUGGUGAGCCGUGAUUGGGGGACUCCAGGGUGGAGGAGGAACUCAAAGGGUCUCGUAGUCUAGUCCCUGCCCCUGGACCCGCUUGUGUCCAGCCUUGCACAUUCCUGUACAGGUGAACCCGAUGUCGACAUCAGAACAUCCUGUAUGUAAUUCAUUAUAAAUCAACCUUCAGAAGAGAAGCUGCCCCAACUUCUGUGCCUCCCAGAUGGGAUUUAUAUCUGGGUCUCUGUGGUUGCUUCUGAACCCAAACAGGUCCGGUAUCCCAGUUAUUUCUUCAAAUGCCGUUGGGAGUGUGUUGGGACCUGAACCCACUUCCCUCUCCCCUUUCCCCUCACCCCUCUGGCUCAGGCUAGAGGGACUGCUCCUCCUGAACUUCUUGUGGAAGGAGCAUUAGCUCCUGUCCCUUUCGUGGUCCGUGCCUGCACCCUGGGCCUCUCCCGAGCCCCUCCCCGCCGUCGUCUCGGGCUCCAGGAGCACAUCCAGUCUCCAUCCUGCUGCAGCGGCCGGACUGAGGGCAGUCUCUAGGUGCAGAGGCCCUGAGGGCCACAGCCACUCUCCCUGGGGCCUGUGGGAGUAGGCGCAGCUUCUGACAGGCCUGCUCAGGGGUUUCUGCAAGUGCACUUUUGUUUACUGAAAGAGAAGGAGGGUCACAGCUGCGUGCCUGGCCUUCCUGCCCACUGCCUCACCCCCAGCCACCAGUCAUGCCCUCUGAGGCCCGCCGGCACAGCUCACUGCCUUCUUCUCCUUGGUUCUUGAGGACAGUGGCCAGGGAUCAGGAGGGGCACGUGUCCACCCUGCAGCCUGUACUGGGCAGGGGUGGGGGCAAGCAGCAAGGUCACGGCUCGUGAGCCCGCCUUGGCCUCCCUAAGCCACACUCCUUGAACAGACUAGGCUCCCAUGCCCCAGUCUGAUGUCUCUCCAUCUGUCUCCAGUGUGAGAGCAAGAAUGUCACCAGGGGCUCACAGUCACGUGGCCCCCUGCAGUCUUCCUUUGGGGAACAGCCUUGCUCCACCAGCAGCCUGGGCUGGCUGGAGCAUUAGCCAAGUCACCUCCUUCCUGGGACUAGAGCCUCAGUUUCCUCCUCUGAUAAGUGGCCAGGCUGAGCAAGUAGCUCUGGGGUCACCUUAGUGGCCUAAUGCCAUUGGUUUCUGUGGGCUUCCUGUGCCUUGGCAGCCUGGACCCGAGGGGGAAGCCAGCUUCCAGGGGAGGGGAGAGGAUCGGGAAUUCACAGGGGCUGCCUGGCCUGCCUCCUUGAGGAGGGUGGCAUUCCAUGCCUUCUGCUUAUGAAGCGCCUUUCUUGAAGUUUGGCAAUAAAUCCCUUUUCAUGGAA